GGUGUCCCCUUCGGGCAGCCAGGCACGGAGACCGCCGAUCACGGCCCCUGCCCGCCCACUUCCCCGCCCUCCGCCGAGGCCAGUCGGGGGCUGGGCGGGUCCCCCCGCCCCCCUCAGGGCGGUUCUUCCGGGAGUUAGACCGCCCCAGCCCGGCCCGUCCGGGAGGCAGGCGGGCGGCCGGCCGGGGCGGGGCGGAAGGAGAGGGCGACCCGAGCCACUGCCCAGAGGCCGCGCCGCCCAGGCACAAACAUUGCCUUAUGUGGUGGCUCCGAGGGCCAGGGCGGCGCCCGGGGGGCUGCCGAGGACGGCCGGACACGCCCCGGGUGAUCGCAGCUCUCGGGAUCUCGGCCUCGUCCGGUGGACUAGACAGAGAGGAAAGGCCCCCUGCCCUGUUCUUUUUUCCGCUGGAGCACGUCCCACGUUCCCCUAGGAGGAAGUGGUCACUGCUACUCGGCCGGACCCUCUCUCUCCCCAGCUUCCCCUGCGUUUGUGGGAAAGUGUCCCUGAGGGCUGAGGUUCAGGCAGAGACCUCGGGCCUGGGCGCUGGUGGUGUGGACUGCCUGCCCCCCUGGAGCAGGGACCACCUUGGCGCCUCCCAGGUGGGCUUCAGGCUCUCGCCCUCCAGGAGGGCUUGGCACCAAAACAUGGAGAAGGAGCUGCCUUCCCACUGCAAGGGCAGGACUCCAGGGUCCCCGCACUGGGGGCACAGGGACAGUGACCUGUGCAAGCACCCCAGCUUCCCAGAGCCUGAUGAGUGCACCCUUGUCUCUGACACCUCCCAGGCCAGGUUCUGGGACAUCUGCUCUGACUCCCUGAAUGAUCCUGGAUUCUGGGGCCAGUAUCUCACUUCUCCGGUACUGCAGCCUUUGAUAUCUGACAAGGGAGUGUAAUUUGAGGCUGCAUUUGAGAGAGAAUCCUCAUCCAGCCAGGGAGGCAUUUGCCUGCUCUGCGCCCUUCCCACCAGGCUGCGCGGGCACCAGCUUCCUGUGACUCCCAUCCCUCCUCCGACAGCCCCUUGAUCCCUGGCUCCCUGGGCUCUGUUCAGGAGUCUCGGGGCACUCAUGCCCAAGCUGCCUUCCCCAGCUAUUGUCCUAACUACCCAACACUGGGAAAAUCAUCUCCAGCCCUGUGCUGGCUCAGUGGGACCGGGCAGGAUCCAAGCGCCCCAGUUAGAGGAACAUUCUUCUGUGGGACAUUAGGUUCCAGGAGCUAAAGAAUCCUGUCAGUAGGAUGGCAAUGGCUGUCCUUUCCCAAGGCACUGAAAUAGUACAUCAGUGGAUAGACUGUCCAGUUUUAAGACUCUCCUUUCACACCGGGGAGAGAUCCCUAUGGAAUCUGAAGAAGGGAGAUGGGGAAAUGGAUACUCAAAAGCACGAGACACUCUGUAAUCCGUAUGCGGAUGAAAAGGCCAAGUCUUAGAUUAGAAGGGAUUUUAGUAGUCUCCUCAUUCACCCCAAAUACCUGAAGCAGAAAUCUCUUCUACUGAAUUCCUGGAUUGCUUCCAGUGGCAGGAAACUCACUACUUCAGUGUGUUUUGGUUUUUUAAAAAUUAAUUAAUUAAUUAAUUUUG